GUUUCCGAACUUGCCCCCUCUGCUCCAUCACUGUUGCACUUGAUCGAACGCCUUUCUAUAUUAGCCGACUCAGCAGUGCCACCAUCUGUUAGUGGUCUUCCUAUUCGCCUGAUCAAUAACAAACGAAACUGCCUUUUAAGAACUCCAGAAUCUGCCGCAAAAAAAGAUUUUUCGUCACGAAUGCUAGCUUGCCAACCCGUGCCAAAUUACAUUAUUAAUUCUGUAAGACUUUCAACAUGUCGUGAAUUUGGAACACGCAUAAGCAGAGCUCGUCUUCCUGGUAUCGGAUCUUUAGAUCAGAUGGAUCGGCACUAUCGUGUUUUAGGACAUCUUUCGAUGGUGUAUUGUGUGACCUUUGAUCGCACGGGCAAUUAUGUAUUGACGGGCGCAGACGACAACCUCAUUAAAGUUUGGGAUGUACAUCAAGGUCUUUUACGCUUUACUUAUCGUGGACAUUCUGCUGAAGUUGCUGAUGUUAGUGUCUCGUAUUGUAAUCAAAUGAUCGCAUCCGGAAGUGUAGACAAGUCAAUAAGAGUAUGGUCUUUGGCAACAGGUGAAACUUUACAAGUUUUCCAUCUUCAUACCGCCGUUGUUGCACGAGUGAAGUUUUUGCCAUUUGUGGAUCAACGCAAAAGAUAUCUUGUCUCUUGCGCGCUUGAUUGCAAAGUUGUAUUCUACCCUUUCGAUGAAAACACGAAGGAUUUUGAUCCC